AAGAAUUAAUGUGCUGCAAAGAAUCUAACAGAUCACAACUUUGCUCUCGCAGAUAUAUUCAAUAAGGAAAUAAACUGUACAAAUUACGUAAAUAUGCGUAAAUUGUAUAAAUUAGUCAUUUCUUUUGACCAUUCAUCCGCAACCAUUCGCUCGAUCUGUGCCAAUCUGUGUCCAAUCGCAGGAAGUGACGGUGCGAGAAGCAACCACCCCCGAGAGCAUGUUCCUCACGAUUGUGGACAAUAUUGCACCGCACGGCUCAGUAACGUUUAAGCGGCCGCAGGCAAAAGGAACUGACCAGUACCAGUUGUGAUCAUCAUCGUGGUCAAUUCGAUCGAAUCAUUGAUCGGAGAUGUGCUACAUCCAAAAGUGUACAAAAAUUGUUUAGUUAUUUGUAUAAUAAAUAUUAUAUGUGUAUUAAAGAAGUUCCAUUGCAUUUUAUUUGUGCUUCAGUAGAGUGUUCAUCGAAAAUUGGGUAUUCUUCACAGAUUUCUUCCUCUACAAAGAGCUAAAAAAAGAGAAAACAUAAGGAAAAAGUUAUGGAAAUACUGGUGAGUUUUCUAAUAGUGCUCCUACUGCUGGUAGGCUUCAUCGUCAAACACUUACUCGUCCUUGUAAACUGGAGGAAACGAAGUAUACCUCCAAUUAAAAAUUCUCUAUUAAAGUUAAGCGCAAGUGCGUUAGCAGAGAAGAUCAGGAACGGUGACCUUUCCAGCCAAACAGUAGUGGAAGCAUAUAUCGACCGUAUAAAUGAAGUAAAUCUUUUCAUAAACGCAGUAGUAGAGAACCGGUUCGAGGAAGCGCUAAAUGAAGCAAAAAUAUGUGACGAGAAGUUAAAGAACGGAAAAGUUACCGCUGCAACACUGAGCAUAGAGAAACCACUUUAUGGAGUACCGAUCAGCAUCAAAGAGAGUUGCUCUCUUAAAGCGAUGAGUUAUACCGGAGGUUCCCUAUUUAGAAAGGGAAUAAAGGCUACAGAAGAUGGAAACGCAGUUGAAUUAUUGAAACGUGCUGGAGCUAUUCCUUUGCUAGUCAGUAACACUUCUGAAUUGUGUUCAGCACUUAAUUCAUAUAAUUUUCUAUUUGGUGCUACAAAAAAUCCGUAUGACAGAAGAAAAACAGCAGGAGGAUCUUCGGGGGGUGAGUCCGCAUUAAUUAGUUCUGGAGCAUCAAUCCUUGGACUUGGCUCGGAUAUGUUAGGUUCCAUAAGAGUACCAGCUUUCUGUACUGGCAUUUUUGGUCAUAAACCUACUGCAGAUAUUGUUCCUAUUGAUGGACACUUUCCUAUCUCGAACAAUCCAAUUUUCCAAAAAAUGCUAGUGCUUGGACCAUUAGCAAGAUACGUGGAUGAUCUUUACUUGGCUAUGAAAGUGUUAAACUCUAAAUGUGAAAGACCAUUGCAGUUGGACAAACCUGUCGAUAUACGCAAUCUAAGAGUUUUUUACGCGAAUAAUGUCAGUACGUUUUGUGGCAUAAGAGCAACUUCAUCGGAUGUUAAGCAGAUAAUUUAUAAAGCUACACAAUAUCUAUCAGAUAAAGGUGCUCGUGUGGAAAAAAUGCCGCAAUAUUGGUUAACUGAUAUGUUGCCCAUAUUGAUAUCCCUAUUCAAUAAUAUUGAUAUGUUUCAUCAGACAGACUUUAUGGACGAGCAGGAUAGAAAUGUAUAUUUUGAAUUUGCAAAGUCAGUAGUGGGAUUAUCAAAGUAUACACCAUCACUUGCUUUUAUACAUAUGAUUUUAGAAAUAAAUUUUAUUUCAUCUUCAAAAACAGAAGACUACAUAAAAAUCAAGAACGAAUGUUCUAAAAUAAUAAAUAAUGCAUUAAAAGAUAAUGGAAUAUUAAUAUGCCCUACCUUUCCACAUGAAGCACCGUUUCGCUCAAUGAUGUUUUUUGAAUUUCCGUACAACAUUUAUUGUUCAUUUGCUAAUUAUAUGUAUUUACCAUCAACACAUGUACCAAUGGGUUUGAAUAAGAAUGGAUUACCAAUUGGACUUCAGGUAAUAUCUGCAUCUUAUCAAGAUCAUAUUUGUUUAGCAGUUGCUAAAGAAUUGGAAAAAGAAUUUGGUGGCUGGGUACCUCCUAGUUAG